UUUGGAUAUAAAUUCGAGACUGAUCAUAUUUAAAGAAAAACUCAUACCAAUAACUCCUCAUACCAAGUCCAACUACGUACUCUCCGUAUUGGUUUGUUGUGGGCUGAAUUUUCCUACUUUAAACUAAAAAGGGAAGAAAAUGGAAGUAAAGAAGGAUAUUCAAACUCCUCCUCAGGUAUUGCAUAAGGCGUCCGUUCCUUGGUGGAUCCGCUUGUAUAUUUCAGCUUUCUCAGCAUUAUCUACGUCUCUCGGCGACGAAAUGGGACCGUUAAUCGCCGUCUUCUGAACAUAUUCAUCUUCAAGUCUCCUCCCACCCGAAACUCCGUCAACAGCGUCAAGUCCUCGGACGUCACCGUGGACCCUGCCCGUGACCUCUGGUUCCGCCUAUUUGUCCCCACCUCGACCGAUGCCCAGGAUUCCGAUUCCCUACCGGUGAUCGUCUUCUUCCACGGCGGCGGUUUUGCGUUCCUCAGCGCCGAUACCAAGGAGUACAAUGCUGUUUGCCGCCGAAUCGCUCGCAAGGUCAUGGCUGUGGUCGUUUCUGUUAACUAUCGGCUUGCACCUGAGCACCGAUAUCCUGCUCAGUACGAUGAUGGAUUCGAUGUGCUGAAAUUCCUCGAUGAAGAACAGAGCAAGGGGAUUUUGCCGGGAAAUGCUGACGUUUCCCGCUGCUUCCUCGCCGGAGAUAGUGCGGGAGCCAAUCUGGCUCACAACGUGGCUAAACGUGCAUCGGAGGCCAGUUUCCGAGAGCUUAAGCCCUGUUGUGCGCCUUUCAUUCUCUACUCUCUGCAAUAUAUCGUCGCUAUUCUCCCGGUCAUCCUUCGACUGUGAUACCUUCCUCUACCAUGGCUGCCACAGCUUCACCAUCUACCGGCACCGUCAUAGCUCUGCUGCAAUUUCUCCAGCCAAGCCAGGUAUGUAUUCUUCCCCUUCUUCUCCUUCUUCCUCUUCCUCCUCGGCCUCCUCCUCGUCGUCUUCUUCUUCUUCUCAUCCUCUUCAAUUUUCUGGUACUCCGUUAUCUUGUUCUUUAAUUUGGAUUUCAAUUUUAUUUAUAAAGCAGGAAUCUGAGAAUGGCAUAAAAUUAUCAAAUCAAAUAAAUAAAUAAAUAAAUUGAAAUCUAAAGAAGAAGAAAACAGAGGACUCAAAAUUGAAGAGGAUGGGAAGGAGAAGACAAAAAAAGAAAAGAGGAAGAAGAAGAAGGAGGAGGAGGAAGAGAAGGAGGAGAGGAGUAGAGAAAGAAGAGUACUUGGAUGAGCAGAUGAUUGUGAUCAAUUGCGCAUAAGCUGCGAUCGAAGGUGGGGAAGCUAUGGCCGGUCAAUGGGAAAGUCACAGGGGAGAAGUUUGGUGGUCUAUGGAGAGGAAGAAGGUUGUGAUCCAGGUUGGGGAACUUUCUAGCCGAUUGGAUGAGUGACGGAGUUCUGCUGCAUCUGGAGUCGGCUUCGAUCUAUAGGGGUUUAAUUAGAAGGGUCAUUGGGCUGGUGGCGAUACAACCAUUCUUUGGAGGGGUAAACAGGACUGCCUCCGAAACAAGAUUAGUAAAAGUUGAUCCAUUGGUAUCGGUGGAUCUUACCGACUGGAUGUGGAAGGCAUUUCUACCGGCGACGGGGGAAGGGAUGGUGGAUCGGGACCACGAGGUGGUGAACGUGUCCGGCCCUAGGGCGGUUGACAUAUCAAAACUUGAUUUCCCGGCAACCAUGGUGGUGGUGGCCGGCUUUGAUCCUCUACAGGAUUGGCAGAGGAGGUACUAUGAGUGGUUGAAGAGGUCAGGUAAAGAAACCUACUUGUUGGAGUACCCAAACAUGAUUCAUGCCUUCUACCUUUUUCCCCAGCUCCCAGAAUCCUUGCAAAUGAUUCAGCAGGUUAAGGAUUUCAUUCUCAAGCAAUGUUCCAAGUGUUAAGGGCUUGUUUGGUGCUUACACCAAUCAAUGUUGUGGGAGUCUAGGCAGCAACUGUUAUACUGCAUCCAUUAUUCAUUGCAUUCUCUGGUUUGUAGUGUCUUCCUUCAGUGAUAACUAGUUCUUCCAUUAAAGGGAAUAAAGCAUGUAUUAUAUUGAAGUGAAUAUACUAUCUUUGAAAUUAAAUGUUAUUCUUUUUUCAAUUCGGU